GCGUGUGUACUGUUUGGGCGUUGAAAGCGGCCAGUGAAAGCGACUUGUAGAGCAGGUCGAAUACAAAAUAUAAUUUACACUUCUUAGUCAAUCUUAAAGUAAGCCAAUAAGCCAGAGGUGAGUGAGCAGUUGCUGUGUAUCUAUUGUUCAAUAAUUUCCUUUUCAUUCACUUCUUCACAGAGGAAUUUUUUGAAGUCUUAAAGCAAAAUGACAGAACAAGGCUAUGGCUACCCACCUUCAACUGCUAUGCAACCUUACCCACCUAAUACUGAUGUGCCACCUUAUCCACCAGUGCAACCAGUAAAUGUGAAUCAGCCAUACCCACCACCUCCUCAAGGAAAUCAACCAUACCCCCCUCCUCAAGGAAAUCAACCCCAGCAGCCGAAUCCUUAUGGUCAGCCACAGGGCGCCGGACAGCCCCCUGCACCACCUGGCACUAUUGCCUCAACAUGGAUGGCAGCACCUCAACAAGUCUCCAAUUGUCCCCCAGGGCUCGAGUAUCUCACCCAGAUAGACCAGCUUCUAGUCCACCAGCAGGUAGAACUUCUAGAAGCUUUUACCAGUUUUGAAACAAACAAUAAAUAUGUUGUCAAGAACACGCUGGGACAACAAGUAUACUUUGCUGCUGAAGAUACGGAUUGUUGUACUCGUAACUGCUGUGGAAAUGCUAGGCCAUUUGAUAUGAAGAUCUUGGAUAAUGGAACCAAAGAGGUGAUGCACCUGUCAAGGCCUCUUCGCUGUACAUCUUGUUGGUGUUUCUGCUGUCUUCAGAAACUUGAAGUGUGUGCGCCACCCGGGACCGUUGUUGGCUACGUGAAGCAGUCGUGGAGUGUGUGCUAUCCUCAGUUCACAAUUGAGAAUGCCAAUGAAGAAACCAUAUUGAAGAUAAGUGGUCCCCUCUGUACUUGGAACCUGUGCGGUGAUGUUGAGUUUGAUGUUUUAUCCGCUGAUGGCAGUACCAAGGUGGGCAAAAUCUCCAAACAAUGGACCGGAUUUGCCAAGGAAGCAUUCACCGAUGCGGAUAAUUUCGGAAUCUCAUUCCCAAUGGAUCUGGAUGUGAACAUCAAAGCUGUGAUGUUAGGAGCGUGUUUCCUGAUUGACUUCAUGUUCUUUGAAAGGUCAGGCAACCAGAAGGAUCAGAACAAAACUGGAUUCUAUUAAAGAAAAGAAAAAUCACUAUGGUAUGCUGUUGCAUCACUUCAGCGUCUUUCAGCAUCCGCAAACUUUACAAAUAUGGCGCCCUCAUGUCAGCUUUGCAUCAGUUGUUGUUAAAUAUCCCACUUUAAUGGGUAACUUAUAAAGCUGCAAUUGUAACUAGAGUUAUAGUAUAUAGUCUGUUGACCAAUUAACUAAUCCUUAUCAAUUCACGUUCACAUAAAUUGUAUUAUUAAUGUACAGUACAGUACUUAGUUUCAUACAGGAGUCUUCAAAUGGCAGCCCUCGUGUCAAAUCUGCUUUGUGGACAAUUUCAAAGUUCCAUUAAGCCAUUCCCUUUAGAUACUGUUGCUAAGCUCCCACAAAAUGACAUCCAUUCGUAGAUAAACAUGACUGCUGAGUGCUUGGAUUGUGGGACACUUACAUACUCCUGGCCACACCUAUAAUAAUACCUUUUGAUUGGCCAGAUGUUAACUUUGAUUGACAUUCUGAAAAGGUCAUUUGAGGACACCUUGUUUAAUAUUACUAUUUUAAGAUACUUUUAUAUUUUGCUAUUCUUCUAUUGAAUGAAUUGUCUAGUAAUGAAUUGUCAAUAAAAUAUCUUGGAAUGAUGCUCUUUGUACUUAUGCAUUUUAAUUCUUACUUCAUCAUAAUUAUAUAUUAAUCGGUGGGGGUCUUAUAAAUAUUUUCUUACCAAAAACAUCUGUUUUGUAUUAAGUAAUUACUAUUUCUUUUAAAAAUAUACUGCCAUUAUAUCUACAAUUUUUUUUUUUAAUUGAACCUUUUACAUUAUAGUUAUUAGCUUUUAACAGAAGAAUGGUCAAUGGUCGUGCACUUGUAUAGUGCAUAUAACAUUCAUCUCUAUGCACUUUCCAUGACAACAUAAAAAAACAAAACUGGCAUAAAUGGUUGAACCAGAAAAAGAAAGCAGUAGAAAAAAAAAA